AUGGAAACCAGAUUUCUUCUCAUUUUUACAUUCCUCUUCUUCCAAACAUUUGGCUUAAGCAUCAUUACGACAUCUUCAAAUGUUAUAUGUAUUGCAAGUGAGAGGCAAUCCCUUCUUAUAUUUAAACAAACCCUCAAAGACAAAAAUAAUCUUCUGUCAACAUGGCAUGGAGUAGAAUGUUGUGAAUGGCACGGAGUUUUGUGUGACAAUCAAGAUGGUCAUGUUGUCAAACUUGAUCUGCGAGGUCAAGCAUCUUUGGAUAAAUGCCUCAAAGGUGAGUUGAGUCCCUCGUUACAGAAUUUGAAGCAUUUGCGAUACUUGGACGUGAGCAUGAACGAUUUCUCUGGAAGCAUUCCUGAAUUCUUAGGGUCGUUUCAAUGUUUGGAAUACCUUAAUUUGUCGGGCUCAUUUUAUUCCAAAGCAGUUCCUCAUCAUCUAGGUAAUCUCUCAAGGUUACAAUAUCUUGAUCUUAGCAAUUAUAUAGAUGGUUUUAUAUUCCCAGGCCCUAUCAUGGAUGAUAUCACAUGGGUGUCUUCCCUAUCAUCAUUAAGGUACUUAGAUUUGUCAGGGAUAACCAUUGGUAGCCAUAUUGAUUGGUUCCAUCCAAUAAUUAACAUGCUCCCUUCUUUGCAUACACUGAAGUUGGCAUUUACAUUUAUCAGUAUUCCUUCCAUUAAAUUCAUCAAUUUCACCUCUCUAUAUUCACUCGACCUCUCUAUGAAUGGCAUCAAUUCUACUAUUCCAAUCUCGUUAGCAAACCUUACUAGCCUCAUGCAUCUAAAUCUUAAUCAUAACCAAUUCCAUGGCAAAAUUCCUGAUUUUAAUGGAAUGUUCAGCUCUCUUGCUUCCAUUGACCUCUCGUUUAAUUCCUUUAAUACCCCGAUGCCAGAUGUGUUAUGUAAUUUGAGCAGCCUCGUUCAUCUGGACCUUUCAAGAAACAUGUUUACGGGUCCCAUUCCCGCAAAAAUUGGAUUACUCUUGAGGCUAGAAGACCUAUAUCUUCAAAAUAAUCAAUUGAGUGGGAACAUUCCUGUGAGUCUUGGGCAACUUUCAAAGCUCAAGAAUCUAGAUCUCUCCCAUAAUUCACUGGUUGGGGUUCUAACGGAAAGUCACUUAGCCAAGCUAAACAGUCUAAAUUCUUUGGUGUUGUCGUACAACUCAUUACCCUUAAACUUCAGCAAUGGAUGGAUAGCCCCCUUCAAACUACAGGCAUUUUUGGCAAGUUCAUGCAACAUCGGACCCUACUUCCCGAAAUGGCUUCAAACACAAACAAAUCUUCAGAGGUUAGAUCUUUCUAACUCGAGUAUUAAAGAUACAAUGCCAGAGUGGUUUGAGAACAUCUUGUCUCAUAUUCUUUACUUGGAUUUGUCCAAUAACCAGAUCAGUGGCAAAUUGCCGCGAUUUCAUUUCCAUAGUAGUAAUGAUAUAGAGGACGGGAUCUUGAAGAUGAAUUCAAACAAAUUUGAUGGAUCCUUAGCUACAUUUCCGUCAAAUGUGAAGAUUUUGGAUCUCUCAGAUAACUUACUAUCAGGACACCUUCCUCAGACAGAUGGAACAAUGAACCCCAGUCUGCAAGUUGUAAAUCUCUCAAACAACCGUUUCAUAGGAACUAUUCCCAUACACUUAUGCAAGGUCCCUAGUAUCAUACUUCUGGAUUUAUCACAAAAUAAAUUUUCAGGAAGGCUUCCUGGAUGCAUAGGGAACUUGACUAAUUUGAGUGUAAUAGAUCUUACAAAUAACAACAUGACUGGUGUUGUUCCAAGUUCAUUGGGUUGUCUAAAACUUCUACGAUCGUUGCACUUGCACAACAACAAAUUUGAGGGGGAUAUCCCGUCGUCCUUUCAAAACUUGACAAAAUUAGUCACCAUGGAUUUAGGCAACAAUUUGUUCACGGGUACUAUCCCUUUUUGGAUUGGCGAAAAGCUAUCUAAACUUCGGAUCUUGAACCUCCAGUCAAAUAAGUUUACAGGCAAGAUUCCGCGACAAAUUUGUCAACUCAACGUCCUUCAACUUUUAAGCAUUGCACAUAAUAGCAUAACAGGGACGAUCCCUGAUUGCCUUGGGAAUUUAAGUGGCAUGAUGAUCACAAAUUCGGAAGACGAGUUUGCGCACUUCUACUAUAUGUCUGACUAUGAAGAAAAUAUUCUGAGUUACAUGAAGGGGAGAGAGUUGCAUUAUACUAAGAUAAUAUUGUAUCUUGUGGCAUCCUUAGAUCUCUCCAGUAACAACAUUGUUGGAGAAAUCCCGGAUGCUCUAAUGAAUCUUGUGGGGUUAAAAAGUUUGAAUCUUUCUGGAAAUCUUUUAAAAGGACAAAUUCCAAUGCUCAUUGGAGAUCUGGAUCAAUUGGAAUCUUUAGAUUUGUCGAUGAACAACUUUUCUGGUCGGAUUCCUCACAGUUUGACUAGCUUGAACUUUUUAAGCCACUUAAACUUGUCAUUCAAUAACUUAUCUGGCACAAUUCCGAAUGGAAAUCAACUUCAGACUCUCGAUGACCCGUCUAUUUAUGAAGGGAACAAUGGACUAUGUGGGCCUCCACUAUUGAGGAGUUGCAAUCGAAAUGAUGUAACAGACAAUCAUGUUGGUGAGGAUGAAGGCCAAGAUGGUACUGAAGGCUUGUGGAUUUAUGUAGGCAUGGGCCCAGGUUUUGUUGUUGGAUUCAUGGGACUUCUUGGGAGCUUGCACUUCAUUAGAAGGUGGAGGGUUGCUUACUUUGAGACUCUUGGAAAUAUUUACGGUUGGAUAACGCUAUUAUUUGCACUGAAUCUUGCUCGCCUAAGGAGGAAUGUUUUUGAAUGA